ACAAGCAAUUGUGAUUACAGAAACAACCUUGAUAAAAAUUUAUUAUCAUUCUUUCAACACACUCAGUCCAUUUAGGUUAUUAAAAACAGUGAAUAAUGGCUUAUCGACUAUCAUCCCUUUUACGAAACUUUACAAAAGUCACUACAGUGAACUGCAGAACUGUCUCCCAACACUAUCCCAUCGACGAACAUAUUUUUGGCCUCACAAACGAGCAAAUCCAGCUACGAGAAACGGUAUUUAAUUUUACACAAAAAGAACUAGCUCCCAGGGCGAAUGAAAUCGAUAAGAAGAAUGCAUUUAGUGAUCUGAGGAAUUUUUGGAAAAAACUCGGAGAUUUGGGCGUUUUAGGAAUAACUGUUAACCCCGAAUACGGGGGCACGGGGGGCUCUUACACCGACCACGUGGUCAUCAUGGAAGAACUCUCCCGUGCUUGCUCCGCCAUAGCCCUCAGCUACGGUGCCCAUUCAAACCUCUGCGUCAACCAAAUCCACCGCAACGGCACCGAAGCCCAAAAACAAAAGUACCUCCCGAAGCUCUGUUCCGGCGAGCACAUGGGGGCCCUCGCCAUGUCCGAGCCCAACUCCGGCUCGGACGUCGUCUCCAUGAAGCUCCGCGCCGAGAAAAAGGGCGAUUUUUACAUCCUCAACGGCACCAAAUUCUGGAUCACGAACGGCCCCGACGCCGACGUGCUCGUCGUCUACGCCGUGACCGACCCCCACGCCAAGAAGCCCCAACACGGCAUUUCGGCCUUCAUCAUCGAAAAGACAUUCCCGGGGUUCAAAGCCGGCCCCAAAUUGGACAAGCUGGGGAUGAGGGGUUCAAACACCAGCGAGCUGAUUUUCGAGGAUUGUAAAGUCCCCAAGGAGAAUCUAUUAGGGGCGGAAAAUAAAGGGGUGUACGUUUUGAUGAGUGGGUUGGAUUUGGAGAGACUUGUCUUGGCGGGGGGGCCCUUGGGGAUCAUGCAAGCUUGCUGCGAUAUCACUUUCUCGUAUGCCCACGUGAGGAAGCAAUUCCAGACCAGGAUUGGCGAAUUCCAACUCAUACAGGGGAAAAUGGCCGACAUGUACACCACGCUAGGGGCGUGUCGAAGUUACUUGUACAACGUUGCCAAAGCUUGCGAUAACAAGAAAGUCAACAGCAAGGACUGCGCUGGAGUCAUUCUAUACUGUGCUGAGAAAGCGACUCAGAUGGCUUUGGAUGCGGUGCAAAUAUUAGGUGGCAACGGUUACAUCAACGAUUACCCAACCGGAAGACUUCUCCGAGACGCCAAAUUGUACGAAAUCGGCGCCGGGACGUCCGAAAUUCGAAGACUGCUCAUUGGAAGAACGCUCAAUUCUGAAUACUCAUAAAUAUUUUUCCAAUAAACUGUUUUGUGCAA